AUGCGACAAAAAGCAGCUGCCCGAAAGCGUUUAAAUGCACGUUCGCCCAGCUUACAUGCCACAACGAGAAUGUCGUCAAUUUGUUUUGCUUGCCACUUGCAGCCAAAAUCUAAUCAAGAGAAACAUGGAAGCGAGACGCUAAACAACAAUGUAAAAAUUUGGUUUCAAAAUCGACGCAUGAAAUGGCGCAACUCCAAGGAACGUGAACUGCUCGCCAGCGGCGGUUCACGAGAUCAGACGUUGCCAAACAAAAACAAUCCCAACCCCGACUUGUCCGAUGCGAAAUGUGAUCGACCCAUAUCACCGCUAUCGCCAGCGCCAUCCUCACCGCCUGCACACAGCCUCUCGCCACAACCCAAAGAGGAGUGCAACAAUGCCGAAACACCAAAGCACAACGGUGGUUCAACCACACCCAAGUCCAUGCAAUCGCCAGCGUCCACGCCCGCUUUAACCACCGCUGCACUGCAAUCGCCACCGUUAAUGCAUCACAUACCCAGUAGUGUAGCAGUGGCCGCCGCUGCUGCUGCUGUAGCCUUUAGCUCGGCGUCGAGUAUGCAAAUGAGCUCACCACCACCACUGCUGACCGGGGCCAACAAGCUGAAUGCCAAUUUAAAUGAUCAAUCAUCGAACGCCUCCUCGUCAACAGCCUCUUCGCCGCCACAUAUGACGAGCGCCGAGUUUCAGGCAAAAAUCAAUGCAGAAAUGCAAAAACAUUUAGCCGCCGCUGAUCUCAAAUUCAAACUGGAAUCAACCAUCAAUGAGGCGAAGCAGCGACGCAUCAACAUGCUGAAUUUGGCAGGCGCUGUUGCCGGAGGCGCUGGUGGUGGUGGUGUUGGUGGUGGUGGUGAGCAACAUGCAUUGCAGCUGCACUCGACACAUCCCGGCAGCAUUUUCAUGAGUGAGGCAUUGAGUCCGCAUUUGCAGGCCACGCACAAUCAUCACCACCAGCAACAUUCGAAUGCCGGCAAUGGCAUGCACUUGCCAUCGUCACCCAUGAAUCCGCACUCAAUGCCACCCUUCCAAAACCCAGAGUUCAUGAAGAUGUACUACGAUGACUACGACGACUCCAAUUCGGAUAGUGAUGAGGAGAUUAGUGUAACGUGA